GUGCCAGUGCCACUACUGAGUGUUGUUACUCAGGUUUGUUUAGCUGUGUCAAACUACUGCUAUUAACGGCGUUAAAAGCUAAAAGAAGCUAAUGUUAGCUAGCUCUUCGGCUAAAUCACCUUAGCAUUGUGAGACAUAACGAUAAAACACUCAACGGAAGAUGAGAUCCGGUUACUGUUUAACGAAUAUGACAAAAUAAUUAUCAUCACGCUGAACUCUCAAGUAAAGUAAUAUUUUAAUUACAAAGAAUAAAUGAAAAUGUACGUGCCAUUGACAGUUUAGCUCGCCAUUCAGUGUUGUUUGUAGUGUAAUGUGCACCAAUAUUUCAGUCCGGGUGAGUAUCGAGUACUGAACAAAUGGUUCCUAUAUGAUAUAAAGAAUUUUUAUGUGUAUGCCGUAAACAGGAAAGAUAAAAAUAUAUAGAAAGUAUGUAUUAUAUUGACUUAUUCAAAUUUAAGUGUUUGGUUCGGAUACCGGUUUAAAUUGUGUUUUGCCAGAUCCACGGGGGUGGGGGAAAAAGUGGGUGGUCAUUGUGAGAAGUUUUUUGUGCUAUACAUUGCACGAACUGUAAAAUUAUUCAGUGGAAAAUUCUCGAUGAUUCAAGACGAAACCCUUAUUCCAGACUGCACAAGUUGUUUUUAGUAUCUACGGAUUCGGGUCACGGUUUGGAUAUUAAUUAUUGAGCAGAUAAAUUUGAGCAGAAAACGAUGGAGGAUGCAACGCCCUUUCGAAGGUAUUCCAAUGAGAUAAGAUGAAUCAUGCUGCUGAGAUUUUGGAUUCUGUCACUCCAUGGUCUGCUGUGAAAGCUUGAAAUUGCUUUCCACUCCCUCUUGAUUUUUCAUUGCCAGCACUAUUGCUUCUCGAGAACAAAAUGAAUACAAAAGGGAAGCAAUUGCAGCUGGGCCAGGUCCUGUUUCUCCUCUCUGGAGUUUUCCUCUGUUCCUUCUGUCAGCUGACCACCAGUGCCAGACUGUAUGAGCCUUUGUCAGUGUCUCAGAAUUUUGGAGAAGAUUCAACAGAGAGAAUUGAGGAGACUAUAGUAGUGCCUGGAGAUCUGGAGGAACCUCUAAAUGCAACAGGUGAAUUACAGCCCACAGUUCAACCAACACCAGAGAUGCAUGUGUUACAUCAUACGGACACAAAUUCUGAUUUCAAAGCAUCCACCACCACUGAGCCUCCACCAGAGACACCCACAGCAGCUCCUCCUCUAACCACCAUAACUCCAACUGAACCUGAUGAAGCUCCACAUGUUAAUGGUGAAUACCCUAAAGAUAUCUUUUCUAUUGAAGACCGCAGACGAGGCUGGGUGAUCCUCCACAUUAGUGGGAUAAUGUACAUGUUUGUGUCACUUGGGAUUGUGUGCAAUGAGUUCUUUGUUCCUGCGCUAUGGGUCAUCACAGACAAGGUAGCUAUUUCUAAUGAUGUAGCUGGAGCCAUUGUCAUGGCUGCUGGAAGAUCCAGCCCUAAGUUUUUUACAGCCCUGGUAGGGGCCUUCAUCAGCCACAGCAAUGUGGGUAUCGGCAACAUCGUUGGUUCAGCAGUUUACAACAUUUUGUUUGUGAUUGGAAUCUGUGCUUUGUUUUCUCGGAAGAUUCUUCAUCUGACCUGGUGGCCACUUUUCAGAGAUGUAUCAUUUUACAUACUUCACCUCAUCUUACUGAUUAUCUUCUUCCUGGAUAAUGUUAUAAUGUGGUGGGAGAGCAUGAUGCUGGUGGCCGGUUACACUACAUAUGUUGUUUUCAUGAAGUUUAAUACACAAAUAGUGAAAGCAUUCAAGACCCAGCUCCACAAAGACAAGGGCACGGUGAAAGUUGUUGCUCUGGAAGAAGCUGAAAAGGAGAGGAUGGGUCACGAAGAUCCUGACAAUGAUGAAGAUAACAGCAAGAAAAGCAGUGGUGACUCCAGUAAAAAUGAAGAUGAUGAGAAUGUAGGGAAUCAGGAAGAAGAGGGAAAAAAAGAUAAGCCUUUGUCUUUAAAAUGGCCUGUUACACAAUAUAAGCAAGUCAUCUACCUCUUCUUGUUGCCCAUAGUCUUCCCUCUGUGGCUCACAGUUCCUGAUGUUCGCAAUCAGAAAUCAAGGAAAUUCUAUGUGGUAACCUUCCUAGUCUCUAUUUUGUGGAUUAAUGCUUUCUUCUACUUCAUGGUGUGGUGGGCCCAUCGGGUGGGUGAGACCAUCGGCAUCUCAGAGGAGAUUAUGGGCUUGACUAUUCUGGCUGCAGGGACCUCCAUCCCCGACCUCAUUACCAGUGUGAUUGUAGCUCGCAAAGGCCUGGGGGACAUGGCUGUAUCCAGCUCUGUGGGCAAAAACAUCUUUGACAUUGCUGUGGGCCUACCAGUCCCGUGGCUCUUGUACUCAUCCAUCCACGGUUUUGCUCCAGUGGCCGUCAGCAGCAACGGGCUCUUCUGUGCCAUCGCGCUGCUCUUCUUCAUGCUCCUCUGUUUCAUCAUCUCCAUUGCAUCAUGUGAGUGGAAGUUGAAUAAGGUGCUGGGUUUCACCAUGUUGCUGUUCUACAUAAUCUUCGUGGUCAUUUGUGUUACUCUACAGUAUGGCAUUGUUGUCUGCCCUGUUAGCAUUGGCAACAAUGCUUAAAAUUUUUGUCGGGUGUAUUUGUAUGCAUAUGUUGAUGAAGAUCCAUAUGACUUUUAAUAAGUUCAAAUAUAUGCAAUCACAUUUUACUUCUUCAUUUCUGAACUGUGGAACAAAAUGUGACCAUUCAAGCUCCAACAGUCAUCAUGAUAUCUGCUUAGACAACCCUAUAAAUAUCUGCUUGUGUAUUAUGUCUGCAAUUAUAUGCAGAUAAGCAUUUACUUAUAGCAUAUAUUUGUCCUUGAUUUUAAGAAUUGUUUAGAAGCCUCAAACAAUUCUUAAAGACAUAUAAGAAAAUGUACUAACUGUGUCCUGGUGUGUCAAAAUAUUUUUUUUACCUUAUUUCUUGCUUUAUAUUUUUGUAUUAGUAUUAUAGGUAUUAUACUAUUUUUAAACUUACACAAACAUAUUUUAUUUUUCAUAAUCCCAUGUAUCUACCUUUUUCUUGUUGUUUUUUCCUUUUUCUCCUGUUUUAUUUCUUUGUUUUGAAAAGAAAAUUGCUGUCAUGGUCCCUCCCUUCUCUGCGCUGCGCUCCUGGCCAGCUGACAGCCCAGGCUGAUUGGGCACAGCUGCUAAAGGAGCGCAGCUGUGCCCAAUCAGCAAUCAGUGGCAGUUAAAGCCUGAUUCCCCCCACCAGCCGUGGCUGGUCCAUUGUUCCUGCUGGCUCCCUGCCAGCAGCAUCGCCCUGGCCUGCUUCGGCUCCGGACUCCCCCCUGCCUGCUCAGUUUUGCCUGGCUCGUUCCUGGAGCUUUUCCCCUCUGCCCCUACCUCGGCUCCUCGCAUCUCCGCUGGACUCCCGCAGCUACGCUCUCUGAACCGGUCUUGAUUCCUUUAGAGUUCUGUUUGGUUUUGGUUAAAUUCUCUGAUUUCUGUAUGGAGUUUGGUUUGCUUCGGUUGUUGUAAAUAAAUGUCCUUGUUUAAGAA